GAUUGCAGGAAGUUGAAAACACUUGGGAGUUUGUAACCUGUCCUGUUUGGGGUUUACAUUUCUCUUCCUCCUAAAUCUCCAUUUGAGUCACUUCAAACAGAUGAGAAAUCUGUGAUGGUCUGCUGUAAAAGAGAGAAUGAGACCUGGAUCAGCUGCAACGUUUCUGAUUCUCCUGAUGAUUGUCUUCACAGGUCAAACUUUCUCAUGUGAUAAAUAUACGUAUGAGAUCAAUGAUAGAUGCUGUCGCAAGUGUCCACCUGGAGGUCAAGUUCAUGAAGACUGCACAGAGUUAAUAAGUACUCUCUGUAAGCCCUGCACUGAAGGAACCUUUAUGGACCAGCCGACUUCCCGUAGAGAGUGCUACAGAUGUACAAACUGUGAAGGUUCUGGUCUGCAGAUAAAGAUGCUGUGUACGUUAGUAUCAGACACAGUGUGUGAACCUCUGGAAGGCUUUUAUUGCUCUGACUCUAGAAAGGACAACUGUGUGGAAGCAAAGAAACACAGACGCUGUGAACCAGGAGAAUACAUCAAAGAAAACGGAACUUCCUCCACAGACACCGUGUGCUCAACCUGCUCUGAUGGAACAUUUUCAGACGGGACGUUUACAUCUUGUCAGAAACACAAACAAUGUGAAUCAGAGGGUCUAACGCUGCUGACAUCAGGAACUAAGACAGAGAAUGCUCAGUGUGGAGGACUACUGUCACUCUGGACUGGACUGAUAGUCGGUGCUGUUGUGAUGUUUUUACUCAUUGUACUUGGAAUGUUUUGCCUCGGAUGGUGGAUAAGAAAACAUUCAGGACAAAGAUCGCAGUUUCCUGUACAGGAAGCUGUGAAUACAGAAGAUGUAGUCCUGGAGAUGGAAGAUCUAAAGUCAGAUGAAGAGCCAAAGGUUGUGAAAGGUGAGUUAAAAUUGGUGCUGGCUCUGAGUAGAUCAUCUCCAGGAUCCUUUGCCGAGCCGUACGAUGCUGACCCACUUAGGACGCGAUCACACUCUUUAACAGACAUUGAGUUAUGCCUCGGCAGGGUAGAGUUCAUACAUAGCACAAACACGCUGGCACGCCUCUUUGACAGCGUUCAAGAAAUCUUUUCAAGAAGUUUUACGGCUGUAUCUGACCAAAAUGAUUCAGAAUAAGCUGCAAAGUCAGCAGCCACAUGUUCGGUGUGUCCUUGGACAAGACACUUAACCCAGAGGUGCUCCCCCUACUUCGUCUGCGGCUUAUGAAUGUGUAUGAAUGGAUAUGAAUGGAUGAGUGUGACCUGUUGUUUUUAUUGAUGAAACUAAAAAAGCUGAACUGAGAUUUUUUUGUUCCUUGUACAGUUUUUGUACUUUAUACAUCCAGUUAUGUAAAAACAUGGUGAGAUAGAUUUCUCUUUUCUGUGGAUACUUUCAUUGUACUGAAUGUUAAAAUAAUUCAUGUGAUGUCUUUCUGUGAAACACUUUAUUUCUGAUUGAACUAAAUAUUGGUGAGGAAAUGUAUGACUAGUGAUGUCAGAGCGCUGAGUGAGGUUACAUGUCCGGGAGACUCUUUAUUCAUUCUGUUUUCAGAAACUAAAACAAGAAGUGAAUGUUU